CAAACAAAAUCAACAAAAUUCUAGAGCACUACAGAUUUCACCAAAAAGAUUCUAUAUAAAAAAAAUACCAUAAAAAGUACGUGAAAAUUCGAUUCCAAAGUCAUGUUAAACAGCGCAAAUAACAAUUCUCUCCAGCAUCCGGUGACAACACCAUCCGAAAUCAACAUGAAUGGCUAUAACCGCAAAGCGCCACAAAAGCGGCGCUAUGAUAUGCCAAAAUAUGCCGUGCCACCUAAAAAGAAAACAACAAAGGAACGGAUACCACAGCCGAAGAAUACGGUGGCUAUGCUAAAUGAGUUAAGACAUGGACUGAUUUACAAAUUGGAGUCACAGACUGGUCCGGUGCACGCACCUUUAUUUACAAUAUCCGUUGAGGUCGAUGGACAGAAGUACAUGGGCCAAGGUCGCAGUAAAAAAGUAGCACGCAUCGAAGCUGCUGCCACGGCACUGCGUAGCUUUAUACAAUUUAAGGAUGGAGCCGUUUUGUCGCCAUUGAAGCCAUCGGGCAACUUGGACUUUACCAGCGAUGAGCAUCUCGAAAAUGGUAUUGAAAAUAUGUCCAAUGUCGCAUUGGUCGAUUACAUUCAGACGUUGAUGUUGACUGCUAAAUCCAACCUUACCUCGCUUGAACAACCCACGUUGCGUCUUCAAAUGUUUUGCAUGAGUCAGAAUGUCAGCAAGAGCGCCAUUACGGUCGAUGGCCAGAAGAAAGUACCAGACAAAGGCCCUGUGAUGCUGCUCUACGAACUCUUCAACGAUGUUAAUUUCGAGUGCAUUAAUAUUGAUGGGGCUCAGAACAACUGUCGCUUUAAGAUGACGGUGACAAUUAAUGAGAAGAAGUUUGAUGGGACAGGUCCAUCUAAAAAAUUGGCUAAAAACGCAGCUGCCAAAGCGGCUUUGGCCUCGCUGUGCAACAUCUCGUAUAGCCCCAUGGUGGUGCCGCAAAAGAACGUGCCACUGCCCAUCGACGACAAGUCAUCGUCCAUGGAACUGCCCCAGAUCCAUGCGGACACCAUUGGUCGUCUGGUAUUGGAGAAGUUCAUGGAGGUGAUUAAGGGUCAGGAGGCCUAUUCGCGGCGAAAGGUAUUGGCUGGCAUUGUAAUGACUGAAAACAUGAAUUUUUGCGAAGCCAAAGUAAUUUCGGUAUCGACGGGCACCAAGUGCGUCAGCGGCGAACAUAUGAGCGUGAACGGAGCUGUUCUGAACGAUUCCCACGCCGAGAUCGUGUCCAGGCGAUGUCUUCUCAAGUACUUAUAUGCCCAGCUGGAUCUUCAGUGCAAUCAGGCCACAGCAUAUCAGUCGAUUUUCGUGAGGAAUACUGAUGGGCAAUACCCUUAUAAACUAAAAUCCGGGGUACAUUUCCAUUUGUAUAUAAAUACAGCACCUUGUGGGGAUGCACGGAUAUUUAGUCCUCACGAAAACGACACAGGUGUUGAUAAACAUCCAAAUAGAAAAGCCCGUGGACAGUUACGCACGAAGAUCGAGUCCGGGGAAGGAACAAUACCAGUUAAAAGCAGCGAUGGCAUACAAACGUGGGACGGCGUUUUGCAGGGCCAACGCCUGCUCACAAUGUCGUGCUCGGAUAAAAUCGCACGCUGGAACAUUGUGGGUAUACAGGGUUCCUUACUGUCUUCCAUAAUUGAACCAGUGUACCUGCAUUCUAUUGUCUUGGGGAGUCUUUUGCACCCAGAGCAUAUGUACCGGGCUGUAUGCGGUCGGAUCGAGAAGUCCAUCCAGGGUCUGCCGCCGCCCUAUCAUUUGAAUAAGCCCCGUCUGGCAUUGGUGACAUCGGCCGAGCCGCGUAACCAGGCCAAGGCGCCAAAUUUUGGCAUUAACUGGACCAUCGGUGAUACGGAACUGGAGGUGGUUAACUCCCUAACUGGCAGGACCAUUGGUGGUCAGGUGUCGCGUAUUACCAAGCAGGCGUUUUUCGUUAAAUACGGAUUCUUGAUGAAGAAUCUGCCGGGUAUAUUGGUGCGCAAAGUGACCACAGACUAUGGUCAAACGAAGGCUAAUGUCAAAGACUAUCAGACCGCUAAAUUAGAACUGUUUUCCGCGUUUAAACGAGAAGAUCUGGGAAGCUGGCUGAAGAAACCGAUCGAACAAGACGAGUUCGGACUUAACGAAUGACUGCAUUCACAAACAGCUCUAUCGAUGGGAAAUGAAAUGUUUAAAAAAGACAAAUGCAACGGCAAGCAAUUAAUAGAAUUAGAAGCAAUAGCUUAUAGUAACAAAUCGUAUGUAGAAUGCAAAAUAAGUUUGAUGCAAAAGCAUCAGAAUCAACAAAAUGAACAAAAUCAGCAAGAACUAGAACAACAAACUGAACAAAAUCAGCAAAAACAGCGAAACUUGUGUCCCAAAAAUCUCAAUGGCAAGCACAACGAUGCUAUUGCUCGAAUAAUGGAAAACGGCUCUAGAAUAUUUAUAGAAUAGAAUGUAGUUUUUAUGCUGGAACUGAGUAAAGGAGUAUUAUGGCGUUUUUUUGAAAUCAAUUGAAUUAUUUUUAAUAUAUAUUAUUAUUAUUAUUUUUUUUUUUUUGUUGAAUAAUUUUAUGUGAAUAAAAUUGGCAAAAACCGACGACUUCUUCCUUCUCUCACACAAGUUUUCCCACAAGAAGAAAUAUAUUAUAUAUAUAUCUAUAUAUCGGUUGCAUUCUUAACAAAUUAACAACUUACAUUUUACGUAUAUUAUAUGAGAUGUACACUGUUUUAGAUUUUACAAGUUUCAAACAAACAAAAAGAAUAUUGUUACAAAAAUAUAUAUAAAUAUAAACAACAAACAAA